UUCAUUCAUGCGGUGAUCUUCUGUCAAGCUUUUCUUGUGAAGCCGUGUGUGUAGCUGGUUAUACAAGCAUCAAACCAGUGGAUCCAACAUGCCUGGUGGGAUUCUGCUCGGAGAUGUGUUUCCAAACUUUGAGGCCGACACCACCAUCGGCAGAAUCAAGUUCCACGACUUUCUUGGUGACUCAUGGGGCAUCCUGUUCUCCCACCCGAAAGACUUCACCCCUGUGUGCACCACGGAGCUGGCCUGUGCUGCCAAAGUCUCUGAUGAGUUUAAGAAACGUGGGGUCAAGAUGAUUGCCCUCUCUCUGGACUCUGUGGAGGACCAUUACAAGUGGAGCAAGGAUGUGAUGGCCUUUGGCAAUGCAGCAGGGAGCCCUCUACCUUACCCAAUCAUCGCUGAUGAAAAGAGAGAGCUGUCUGUGCAGCUGGGCAUGUUGGAUCCAGACGAGAUGGACAAGGACGGCAUGCCACUGACCGCCCGCUGUGUUUUUGUCAUUGGUCCUGAUAAGAAGCUGAAGCUGUCCAUCCUGUACCCGGCCACCACAGGGAGGAACUUUGACGAGAUCCUCCGAGUGAUCGACUCCCUGCAGCUCACAGCACAGAAGAAGGUCGCCACACCCGUUGACUGGAAGCCUGGCAAUAAAGUUAUGGUCAUUCCCAGUCUCUCUGACGCUGAGGCUGCAGCCCUCUUCCCCAAUGGUGUGACCACAACGGAGCUACCCUCUGGGAAGAAAUAUCUGCGAUACACACAGAUCUGAAAUAAGGGAAACUCCAUCAAGAACUUUGCUAUUCACUCUGUUUUAUGUGGAGAAAGUCAAACUAAAUUAUAAUCUUGGGAAUUUUGGAAAGAUUAUCAUCAUUAUUCAGUGCCUUUGUCUUCCCAAAUAAAGGUGGUAUCACUUGAGUUUUAAUUCUGAAACUUUGAUUUUCUUGAAUUUUUUUUUAUUUAUUUUGAGUUAGAUUUAAACAGUCCCGUUUGAAAGUUUGUAACUACAUAAAUUCACCACUAGACGUGUGCCUUGUAAUGCUGAUUAUGCAGACAAUUAUUUCUCUACUGGCUCUGUAAGACCACUUUUUGCCACUAGAGAGCGCAACAUUCAUACAAUUCACUCAGUACUUUAGUUCAGUGGCUUUUGUGACGUUUAGGUUGACAGGAAGGACGCGCAUGUCUCUUCUGUUCUUAGUCUCUGACAGGGAGAGGUUGUAAUAAUCUUUAAUGACAUAAAACUAAGCAAACAUGUAAAACCAUCAAGUUUUUAAACAGAUUAAAAUGAGCAAAUAUUACCUCAAACUCCAAGAAUAUUAUGUUUUUUACUAUGGGGUAUUCAUAUAAAAUCAUAAUAAUAGUAUGUAAGUGUACAUAAGUGUAUGAAUACCCCAUAAACUACUUACUGACCACAACUUUGAUAAUUCUUCAGAUGCGUCACGUUUAGCCUAAAAUAUUGUGAACUUAUGAUUACUGGGUGAAAAAUGGUUUAAAAUGCAUCCUUGGGUCUCAAUAAGCAGGUUGUCUCCCCUAUGGACCAGGCAGAAGUGUAGGAUUGCUCUUGGAGUUAUUCAAGCCUCAGAGCUGCAUGUCUGAGCACAGUAUUAGUUACACUGAGUGCUCAUCUCUCACAGUGGCCUUGUAUUCACACAAGAAUGCUGAGGUCAAACACAAGAGAUGGGAAUCCCUUUGGGUGUGUGUAGCCCCAGUAUGCAUCAACUCAGCCAUAACUUUUAAUCAUUUA